AUGGAAAAUAAGGGACUCAUAUUUUUUCCAGCGUUGUUUGUUGGAAUCUCGUUACUUUUUUGCUUACUACUACACAAUACUAAGGUGGUACAGUGUGCUAAUUUCGAAUACUAUAUGGAAACUCUUGCCGGCACGGGAGGGAAUGGCUUUGCUGGAGAAAAUUUGACUUCAUCUCAGUCUGGCAUGUCCGGAGGCUUAUCUUUGUUGCUAGAUCCCACUCAAUCCUUCAUUUACUAUUCAGACUAUUAUAGACUAAGAAGGGUUGAUUUGAAUACCAACAUGGUGACUACGGUACUUGGUACAGGGGUUAGAGGUUAUAGCACUUCAACGGGGCUAGCAGCAAAUGCACAAGCAUUAUAUUCUCCAAAUGGACUUGCAUGGUGGAGAUCGAAUUCCAAGCUCCUUGUAGGAGAAAAUACUGCCAUUAGACAAAUUGAUAUGACUACUGGAUAUGUUAGCUUAUUGGCAGGAGGUACUUCUUCUGGAACAAUAGACCACACUAACCCAUUGUCUGCAAAAUUUUCUUCAAUAUCUUGCCUAUUUGUUCAUUCAAAUGAUGACAUUUAUGUAUGUGAUGGUUCUAGGAUCAGAAAAGUAGAUGGUUCAACAUUGGCAGUAACAACUGUAGCAGGAGGAGCAAGUAGUGGUACAGUUGUAGAGGGAAGUCCUGUUAGCAGUACCUUAUUUAAUUCAAUAUAUGAUUUGAAAAUUGACACGUUCAGAGUACGAAAAAUUACAAAUAAUGGUGGAACAUUGACAACAGUGAACACACUUGUUGGAACUGGAGGAACUGGAUCUCUUGCAUAUCCUUCUAAAAUGUUUUAUGAUAGUAUUAGUGGAGAUUUAUAUAUUACACAAAACUAUUACAUUUCAAAAUAUUCUUCUGGAGGUACUUUUACACAUGUACUGGGAACUGGCCAAUAUUACUCAACAGCUGAUGGCUCUAUUACAUCUGGUACAUCUGUUGCGCUUGCGGAUGUGCGUGGUAUUGCUAUCGAUAGUGCUGGCGUUAUUUAUUUCUCAGAAGCUUUUGGAUCCAGACUUAGAAAAUAUACCGGUUCUAUUCUAAGCUCGAUCAUUAAUACUGCUAGUAUUUUUGUAAACUAUAAUCCUGCAAAACAAUCACCAAUUAGCUCUUUUAGAGCGCAAGUGAUGGAUCGUGAUGGAAACUUUUAUUACAGCGAAUCAGAUUCCGCUUGCAUCAAAUUUUACAACAUGACAAGCCAGUUAAUCAAAACAUAUGCAGGACAAUGUUUCAUUUCAUCAUAUCAAGCACCUUCUUCUGCUGCUGGUUUGAAUGGUCCAGCCAUUAUGGCAAGAUUUAACCAACUAAGUGGACUUGCGAUAGAUGAUAGUGGAGACUUGAUUAUUGCUGAACAAGGAACCUACUCAAUUAAAAAAGUUUCAAAACAAACGGGUAUUAUAAUUUUGGUUGCUGGAUCAGGAAGUAGUACAGACUGUGCUGAUGGCACUGCUCCAACUGCUUGUGGGUUGAAUUUUCCUCGUGCUGUAGCUUUUUAUGAUGGAGAAUUAUAUUUCUCUGUCUAUCAGAAAAUAAGAAAAAUUUCAAAAGUAGAUGGAAAAGUUUAUACUGUUGUAGGAGGAGGAGGUUCAAAUACAGAUAACAUAUUAGGAACAGCAUCAAGUGUAACAUGUGGAACAACACUUCAAAUCACACCGAAUGGUCUUCUAUACUACGUGGACACCUCAUUGAGCAAAAUUAGAGUUUAUAAUAUCAAUUCUGGAAUUGUAAACACUAUUGGCAGAUCGUUGUCAUACGUUGCUGAUAUGGGUUGGGCAUUUUCUAUCAAUAAUGAAGUAUUUUUUGGAACUGGACAGCAAUACUUGAAGAAAAUAGAUAGUGUUGGAAAUCUGUAUUCUGUAGCUGGAAAUGGAAUGGGUACAUCUGAAAAUGCUAAUGCAAUUAAUACAGCAUUGACUUACAUUUACAGCAUUGCAUGGUCAUCUCAAAGAAAAGAAUAUAUUACUUUCGAAGCGUAUAGAAUUAGAAGAAUGUAUUUGGUGUGUUCUACCGGAUGGCAGGGUGAUUUUUGUGAUGUUCCAGUAUGCUCAUCUAUUUUAGCUUCUGAUCCCAGUGUUUGUUCAGGAAAUGGAAAUUGUAGCUCUCCCAACAAUUGUCAAUGCUUUCCCAAUUAUUUUGGAGCUAAUUGCUCCGUUACCACUUGCUUUGGAGUUUUAAGUACUGAUCCUACUACCUGCAACGGCAAUGGAAAUUGUUCAAGUCCGCAUAGUUGUGUGUGUGAGCAAGAUUAUUAUGGAAACUCUUGCAAUAUCACUACAUGCUUUGGAAGAUUUUCAAAUGAAUCAUCUGUAUGUGGGUCCAAAGGAAAUUGUAUUUCCAAAGAUCAAUGUACAUGUUAUGACGGAUAUAUUGGUAAUCAAUGUGAAAUUCCAAUAUGUAAUGGAACAUUGGCAAACGACACAAAAGUUUGUAAUGGACAUGGAUCAUGUAUUCUUCGAGAUACUUGUGCUUGUAACGAAACAUAUUUUGGAAAUGUAUGUGAGUUUACAUUGUGUUUCGGCGUGCAAUCCAACUCCUCUCUAGCAUGUAACUCACAUGGACAAUGUAGCAGCUUCAAUAAUUGUACAUGUGACCAUAAUUACUUUGGAGCAAAUUGCUCUCUCACAACUUGUUUCGGAAUUAGAUCUGAUAACAAUUCUGUUUGCAGUAACAAUGGUGAAUGCUUGCAGAAUGACCGUUGCUCGUGCUACCCUCACUUCUAUGGCGACAAGUGUGAUUUGAUGAAAUGUUUUGGAACGAUGUCAAAUGAUUCAUUAGUUUGCAGCGGUCAUGGAUCUUGUGAUGGGUUUGAUAAUUGCACUUGCUAUGAGAAUUAUUUUGGAUCGAAUUGCUCUAUCACAACCUGUUUUGGAAUUAGAUCUGACAAUAAUUCCGUUUGCAACUCACUUGGAAAAUGUACCAGCGUCAAUAAUUGCAGCUGUGAUUUGAAUUAUUUUGGAUCGAAUUGCUCUCUCACCACUUGCUUUGGAGUUAGAUCUGAUAACACAUCAGUUUGCAACUCACAUGGACAAUGUACCAGCUUCGAUAAUUGUACAUGUGAUUUGAAUUACUUUGGAUUGAAUUGUUCUCUCACAAGUUGUUUCGGAAUUUCAAGCAAUGAAAGUUCAGUUUGUUCAGGUUCUGGGCAAUGUAUUGAUUUCAACUCGUGUGACUGUCACGAAUUUUAUGAAGGUAUGAACUGUUCAUUGAGAUAUUGCAAUGGAUUAUCGAGAAACAAUUCAAAUAUUUGUGGAGGACAUGGAACAUGUCAAGAUGAUGGAGUUUGCAAUUGUCAAAAUGGUUGGGCAGGUGUAAAUUGCUCGAUACCCUAUUGCUUUGGAAUUAUUGGUAAUGACUCAUCUGCGUGCAAUUCACAUGGACAAUGUACCAGCUUCAAUAAUUGUACUUGUGACCACAAUUAUUUUGGAACAAAUUGUUCUCUCACCACUUGUUUUGGGCACGCCAGCAACGACAGCGAUGGUUGCUCAGGUAAUGGUGUCUGUAUUGACUUUAAUACCUGCAAUUGUAAAGAAUUGUUUGAAGGCUACAACUGCUCGUUUAAAUAUUGCAAUGGGAUGUCUAGAAACAAUUCAAAUGUUUGUGGAGGACAUGGAACAUGUCAAGACGAUGGAAUUUGCAAUUGUUAUAAUGGUUGGGUUGGUUCAAACUGCUCGAUACCGUAUUGUUUUGGAAUUAUUGGCAAUGACUCAUCUGCCUGCAAUUCUCACGGACAAUGUACCAGCUUCAAUAAUUGCAGCUGUGAUUUGAAUUACUUUGGAACAAAUUGCUCUCUCACCACUUGCUUUGGAGUUAGAUCUGAUAACACAUCAGUUUGCAACUCACAUGGACAAUGUACCAGCUUCGAUAAUUGUACAUGUGAUUUGAAUUACUUUGGAUUGAAUUGUUCUCUCACAAGUUGUUUCGGAAUUUCAAGCAAUGAAAGUUCAGUUUGUUCAGGUUCUGGACAAUGUAUUGAUUUCAACUCGUGUGACUGUCACGAAUUUUAUGAAGGUAUGAACUGUUCAUUGAGAUAUUGCAAUGGAUUAUCGAGAAACAAUUCAAAUAUUUGUGGAGGACAUGGAACAUGUCAAGAUGAUGGAGUUUGCAAUUGUCAAAAUGUUUGGGCAGGUGUAAAUUGCUCGAUACCCUAUUGCUUUGGAAUUAUUGGUAAUGACUCAUCUGCGUGUAAUUCACAUGGACAAUGUACCAGCUUCAAUAAUUGUACUUGUGACCACAAUUAUUUUGGAACAAAUUGUUCUCUCACAAGUUGUUUCGGAAUUUCAAGCAAUGAAAGUGCAGUUUGCUCAGGUUCUGGGCAAUGUAUUGAUUUCAACUCGUGUGACUGUCACGAAUUUUAUGAAGGUAUGAACUGUUCAUUGAGAUAUUGCAAUGGAUUGUCGAGAAACAAUUCAAAUGUUUGUGGAGGACAUGGAACAUGUCAAGAUGAUGGAGUUUGCAAUUGUCAUAAUGGUUGGGCAGGUGUAAAUUGUUCGAUACCCUAUUGCUUUGGAAUUAUUGGCAACGACACUGCUAAUACAUGCUCAGGAAACGGUAACUGCAUCUCAAACAAUGUAUGUGAAUGUUUUUCGGGAUGGCUGGCAAGUAACUGUAGUGAGUCAACAUGUUUUAACAUAUCAGGAAGUUCUGCAUGCAACUCUCAUGGAAAAUGUAUUUCAAAAGAUGUGUGCUAUUGUGAUGCAGAUUGGGUGGGUGCAAACUGUUCUGUACCAAUUUGUUUUGGUCAGUAUGGCAACAGCUCUAACACGUGCUCUGGAAACGGAGAAUGCAUCUUGCCAAACUAUUGUGCGUGUAAUAAUGGAUACUAUGGUCAGAGUUGUAACACAUAUGACUGCUUUUAUGUGAGAAUGAAUGAAACGACAACAUGCAAUGGUAAUGGCAACUGCACAGCUCCAAAUAUAUGUAAUUGUUCUCUCAAUUAUUUUGGGCAAGAAUGCGAAACCACAACUUGUUUUGGUAUCAAUAGUUCAGAUCCUUUUGUUUGCAACGGCCAUGGAAACUGUUCUAGGUUUGAUCACUGCUCUUGCUACACAAAUUACACAGGAAACAAUUGCUCUAUUAGAGUAGAGACUGGUUCUACAGCUAAUAACAGCAACUAUGUAGCUGAUGUUCAAUGCUUUGGAAUCAACUCAACAGAUGGGAAUGUGUGUAGUGGUCAUGGAUUUUGUUCCAGUACUAACAAUUGCACUUGUUAUGAGAAUUAUUUUGGAGAUAGCUGCAACAUUACUUCUUGCUUCAAUAGUUGGAAUAAUGAUUCUAAUGCUUGCAACUCACAUGGACAAUGUACCAGCUUCAAUAAUUGUACUUGUGACCACAAUUAUUUUGGAACAAAUUGUUCUCUCACAAGUUGUUUCGGAAUUUCAAGCAAUGAAAGUGCAGUUUGCUCAGGUUCUGGUCAAUGUAUUGAUUUCAACUCUUGUGACUGUAACGAGUUUUAUGAAGGUACUAAUUGUGAACUGACAACAUGUUUUGGCAUCAAUUCUACAACCGUAAGCUCAGCCUGCUCUUCACAUGGGCAAUGCAUUGCUCACAACAAAUGUAAAUGUAUGAACGGAUACAGUGGUGAUCAGUGCCAAUUUGCUACUUGUAAUUCCAUCCUGUCGAAUGAUUCCACUCGUGUUUGUAAUGGAAAUGGUGAAUGUGUCUCUCCUGAUACAUGCACAUGCUCUGGAAAUAAUUAUGGUGGGCAAUUUUGUGAUACACCAAUUUGUUUUGGCAAAUUAGGGUCAGACAAUGCAAGCGUUUGCAGCGGAAAGGGAUUUUGCAUGACUCCGAAUCACUGUACUUGUGUCACAUCCACUGGAUAUUCUUUAAAAGUCGAUGGAUUUGAAUGUGAAAACUUGUCAUGUAAAGGUUCUAAUAACCGUUACUUUGCUUCAACUGAUCAAAGAGUAUGUUCUAACGGAAAUGGAGACUGCGUUUUAAAUUCCACAACUCGUGAAGGAGGAUGCAAAUGUAACGACGGAUAUUCUGGAGAAUAUUGCCAAUUAACAAGUUGCUUUGGAAUUGACGCUCAAAAUUCGAGUGUUUGUGGUGGACAUGGCCAAUGCAUUGCUUAUAAUUAUUGUAACUGCUCGAGCAAUGAACAAGAUGGCUUCUGGUAUGGUUAUAAUUGUGAGAGUUGUCUUCCAACUCAUACUGGACCAAAAUGUAAUAUUCCAACAUGUAAUUCUACAUCCACAUGCAAUAACCAUGGAGAAUGUGAAAAUUUACAAUGCGCAUGCAGGGACAACUGGAACGGAAGAUUUUGUGAUGAAUGUAGAGAGAAUUAUUUUGGACAGUCAUGUGAUAUUUAUUGUUCCAAAGAAACUAACUGCUCUGGACAUGGAGCCUGUAUUGCGAAUGGACAAUGUUCAUGUUAUCAAUCGUCAUCACAAGGUUAUUGGGCUGGCAAUAGGUGCGACAUGUGCUUAAACGGUUAUUAUGGAGAGGAAUGUGCAACCAAGUUUGUUGGUCAACCACAAUUCAACGACUUGGGUAGUGCAUUAAUAUUCCAUGUGUUCGCUCCAGCAUCUUUCAGUAGUGUCAAUAUUGAGUGUUCUAAGUUGUUAGAAUUAACAUCUAAUGAAUUUGGUACAUCCCCUAUUUGUGGAUGGACACACAAGGAUAGCGGGCUAUUCAUGAUUCGAUUUGGUGAAAAUCCUUCGAUUUUACCCAACCAGUUCAUUAGAUUGAAUAGAAAUGUUUUCAACAUUCGCGUAAACGUGUCUGAUUAUGUAUCCGUACAAGUCAUUGGAGCCACAACUCCCAUACAACCGAUGGCAUUCGUUGAUAUUUCUUCAACACGUGUUGGAUUGUGUAACGAUAUUGAAUUGGAUGGAAGUGCUUCAUUUUCUGGAGAUGGAAGAGAAUUACGGUUUAAUUGGACUGCAAUGUCAUCACCAUCACAAUCUAUACUACAACAAAUGUUGAACCAGAUUAAUGGUAACGCAACAAUCAAACUCUCUUCCGCUCAAUUGCAAAGCGGUAUUCAUACCAUUUCAUUGCAAGUUCGAAGCACAUUCUCUGGUAGUUUGAGUAUUGCAAAAACUGUGACAUUUGAAAGAGAGCCAACACCCAUUCCAUCCAUUGAAAUUGUUGGCAAGAACGUUAUUGCUAACAUUACCUCUAAUGAUCUUCCGUUAUUGAUCAAGAAGUCUCUGAAAUUACCUGUAUGCGAUAAUGGAGACCUUGCCACAUCUGUAAAAUUGGUUUGGAAACAACUGAGUGGACCAAAAACCGACUACCAAUCAGACUCUUUCAAUAAUUUGUUAAUUUCCAAAUUUUACUUUUCUGGAGAACGUUCAUACCAAUAUGCUCUUCAACUUUUAAGAGUAACCGACAAUUCUCUUCUCUCAGAGCAAUUAGUUACCAUUUAUACAGUACCACAAGACCUCAUAUUGGAUAUUUCUUCAGAAAAAUUGACAUCAUCUACCAUUAAUAUUAUUGCUGAAAUGAAUGAUCCGGAUGAAACUACGGACACCUUAUUUUAUCAAUGGACGUGCAGAGAUGUAGUUUACAAUGGAUUAUGCUCGGACAGCAUUCAACAAUUACUAUCAGAUGCUUCUGUUUUCCAAAAUAACUCCAUUCAAAUAACAAACGAAUAUGCGGAGCAACUUGAGAUUUCUCUGAAAGUAACUAAAGGAACACGAAGCGCACAAUCCAGUGUUAUGAUUGCAUUUGAUAAUUCUCCAAUCAUUAACAUUAUUGAAAUCAAACCUUCCAAGCCCUCGAUUACUCAAGGCACAAUAUUGAGUAUUCAAUAUUCCAUUGCAAGUGCAAAUGAUGUUUUAACACAGUGGGCUCUUAAUGGAAAAUACAUUGAUGAAAUACUUAUCAAUAGAAUGCCUGAUAAGAGCCUCAAUCAUUCAGAUUACAUACUCAUUGAUUCUUCCAAGCUGGAAGAGGGUUCUAAUCAUUCAGUUUCUCUUACUGCCCUUGAUUUACGUACAACAUUGUCAGCAACUCGAACACAUCGCUUCCAAAUAGCUCGAAGUCCCAAUUCUUGCAUAUGUUCAUUAACCCCUACAGAAGGAGUGGCCUUAGAAACCGAUUUUUUAUUCAAAUGUAUUAAUUGUAACAAUCCAACAAAACUGGUAGAAUACUCGUUCGGCUUUGUAGACGAUAGAUCUGGGGCUAAUGUACCACUCUAUCAUGCAGGAGAAAGAUACUCCACAAAACUCCCAUUGCCUUUCCAAGGAAAUACAAUGAAGGUAUUUUUAGAUGUUUUUGACCCUCAAACCAUGAGUAGAAACACUAAAAAUAUCAAUGUUAAAAUUUAUAAUCCACAAGUGAUCUCCAUGGCUGAACUUCGGGCCAAGACCAUGCAAUGGAAAACGAUUGAAAAUAAUUUAAGAGAUGGAGAUUCUGGCAAGAGUAUUUACAAUGCAGGAACCAUUUCAAGAACAACUAUUGGAGUUUUAAAGCAACUGAAUGAAAAUGUACAACGGAGAAGAAUGACCACAAGUGACAAGUGUAAUGGACAAGGCAGUUACAACGAAGAAAAAGAAAUGUGUGAUUGCAAUACAGGCUACUUCAAACGUGAUUGUAGCGUAUCUAAAAGUACCUAUCAAUACUUGAUUGACUUAAAGUUCAAUGAGACACAAACAUUUAUUUCAAGCUAUACCAAUAGAAAUCGUUUGGAGAAAUUAAGUGACGUGUAUUUGACAUUGCAAGCAUAUGGUCUACAAUCUCUUACUUUCAAUUAUGAUGAAUUUAAUGACUCAUCCAUAACAAGUGUUGUCGAAGUUACUGAAGAUAUUGUUCAGCUUGCGUUAAAUACUACCAAUCUAGUAUUACCAUAUGGAGUGGACCAAUUGAUCAUUGAGGCAAUGAACUCAAUCUACAAUUACAUCCUCUACAAAAAUAAUGGUCCCUACAUUUAUAUUCAAGAGAAGUUAUUGAAUAUCAUUCAGUGUGUCGGAAAGUUAUUGCUGAGAGGUCAGCAAGUGGGUGAGAAGAAUGUACAUUUGAAAGCAAAAUUUUCCACGCUAACCACUAACAAAUUGUGGAGAAAAGACUUCCCAAGCCUUGUUGUACCAUAUUUCAUGGAUUCUUCUAACAAGGAACGAACUGUUUUAUAUCCAGAGAAUAUUAUUCAAUCGAUCAAUCAGAAAUCAACAAAAACACCUGUCGAGCAUGUUGUUUAUACUAUGAACGAUUUUUAUAAUUGGAAUAGCACAUUACCACGCUCCUCUCAAGCGGGCUCUUUGAACACCACGGUUGAUACUUAUUCCUACUUUGUUUCCAAAUAUUUUGUAUUUGUAUCCAUUGAAUCAUCACAAAUAGCCUCACCCUCUCUUAAUGAUAGUAAGAUUAGUGUUUCUAUUCCUGUAAUAGACAUAAACACUACAGGCCAAAUUAAGAAAGCUUCUAGCAGUACUACAUUAUUUAACAACAAUGGCACCUUAUUCAACAAGACGAUACAAAUCGAGGAGACCUUUUCCUGCAGAUAUCUCCAACAGGGAAUGUGGAUUUCUGACACAACUUGUAAUUUAGUGAUGCCUAUUACUGACCAAGUGAUGACAUGUCAAUGCCUCCAUUUUGGUUUGUUUGCCAUUACCAAAGACACCACAGUUACAACAAAUGUCAAGGUUUCAAUUGAUAAUCUGCCAGAAGCAGAAAAAUCUUCUCAUCCAAAGCCACAAAAUUCUUCGUCUACCGUUGGCACCACGUUUUUGUGGUUCCUUUUACCUGUUGGUCUGCUGCUAAUGUGUCUCGUCAUCAUGUGUUGCAUGUGUGUCCUAUUCAUUUUGAGGAAGAAGUACAAGAAAAAGAGAGAAAACAAGAAAAAACCAUCUAUUUAUACCGUGGAGCAAAGUCAAAUUGAUUUGAUUCAAAUGGAUGUCUUUUCAAUGUAA